AGGAACAUGAAAUAGUAACAAACACUUACUAUUUAUGUGUCUAUAAGUUGGAGAUUCGUCCACCGUUUAGCUCAGAUUUUCUUUGGUAGCAAAUUUAAAUUGGAAUUCAUCAUAAAAUGUCUACAAAUUCAGAAGUAAUUCCUCUUUGCACUUCCUACCAAAUGGGCACCUUCAAUCUUUCACAUAGGAUUGUGUUAGCACCAUUGACUAGAAACAGGUCAUAUGGAUUUAUUGCUCAACCACAUGCAAUUUUAUAUUACACUCAGAGGGCAACAAAUGGAGGUUUUCUCAUAUCAGAAGCCUGUGGAAUUUCUCCUACAGCACAAGGGUAUCCAGACACACCUGGUAUAUGGACAAAGGAGCAUGUACAAGCAUGGAAACCUAUUGUUGAUGCUGUACAUGCUAAAGGCAGUGUAUUUUUCUGUCAAAUAUGGCAUGGUGGUCGAGUUUCAAAUCAUGGAUACCAACCCAAUGGCCAAUCUCCAAUUUCUUGCACGGAUAAGCCUAUAACACCUCUAGCUGAUGACUCAUCUCGAUUUUCGACCCCAAGGAGGUUAAGAACUGAUGAGAUACCACUGGUUGUGAAUGAUUUCAGACUUGCUGCUAGGAAUGCAAUGGAAGCUGGCUUUGAUGGUGUAGAAAUACACGGAGCUCAUGGCUAUCUAAUCGACCAAUUUAUGAAAGAUCAAGUAAACGAUCGAACAGACAUUUGUGGAGGAUCACUCGAGAAUCGUUGUAGGUUUGCUCUAGAGGUAGUAGAAGCCAUUAUAAAAGAGAUUGGAGCAGAUAGAGUUGGGUUUCGAAUCUCUCCCUAUGCCGAUUAUAUGGAGGCAGGGGACUCGAAUCCAGAAGCUUUAGGUGUUUAUAUGGCUAAAUCGCUUAGCAAGUAUGGAAUUUUGUAUUUCCAUGCAGUCGAACCAAGGAUGAUAAACGUCGAAGAGAAAGAAUGUUGCCACGAAAAUCUAUUAUCGAUGAGGAAAGCUUUCAAAGGUACUUUCAUUGUCGCUGGAGGUUACGACAGAGAAGAAGGGAAUAGAGCUGUUGCAAGUGGUUAUGCAGAUCUUGUUGCUUAUGGUCGUUGGUUUUUAGCAAAUCCAGAUUUGCCUAAGAGAUUUGAACUUAAUGCUUCUCUUAAUAAGUAUCAGAGAGAUACUUUCUACACUUCAGAUCCUGUUGUUGGUUACACUGAUUAUCCAUUUCUGGAGAAUGAAAUUUAGUUAAAGUAACAUGAUAUGCUGUUGAGAUAUAAUAGACUAUGAGGAUGUUCGGCAAACGAGUGAAGGGUCUGUUAGAUAUCCUUAUUUAAUCUUUUAGUUCCAGUUUUAUUUUGUCAAGUAAUUCAAGCCAAAUUUUUUAAUCCGUAAAAUUUUAGAUUAUUC